CGUACGAACGCUACUGACGAGUAGGUUGUGCCAAAAUCAACGGCGAUGAUGUAUCUCGGAUAUGCAAUGUCGUGGUGUUGUGAUUCAAUGCCCGGCUCGGGCUGACGACCUGCACAAUGCCUCAUCGCGCUGGGUUGGCUUGCUCGCCUUGAGCGGGCGACACAUGGCUCUGCCCCCAGUACAUCUUGCAUGUCCUGAUCCUCCCCGAGCUCCAAUGGAAUGAUUCUGCCGAACUCUGCCUCCGAGUACUCUUCCAUGCGGGAUAGUGGACUGUCAGACAAGCCUUGCAUCGUGUGCUUACUGCGAGCCGAAGAACUGCUGAGGGAGUGACCCAACAUUUAAAUACGCAUUCUCGACAGCCAUCACACUGGCCAUCACAGCAGCCAAGGCACCCAUCUCUGUGAUCAGGACGACAGAGUCACCUUUCUGCCUUUCAAACAGCACUAGUCGAAGUACGACUGGGCAUCUAAAGCAUCCCUGGGACUUUCGAUUCGGCGCUAGGAAGCGGCCCCAUUUGCCGGAACCGCCCUGAUGGUUCUCACCCAAUAAAAACAGGGCUGUGCCGGGGAGUACUUGUGGACAGUGUGCGGCCGGGGCCGUAUGUGUACUGUACUGUACCCGUAUAGCACACCCGUCAUUACGAGUAGAUGGACAGAGUACGGAUACAUCGGCUUCGAAAAAUAACCUGAUUUUUGGGCUGAAACGCUAGUCUAUGAGUUCUUGAGGGGCGCCAGUCCGCGCUCUCUCUCUCAUAUAUCAGUUGUCUCCCAUCUCAGAGGCAAGGUCUGCUCUUGACUUCCCACUGCGCUACACAAUGAAGCCGCAGAGAUGUCGUAGACCAGUGCAUGACGGCUCCGGAAUCAUCAGAGACUCUUGCGAGGAACAUGAAUACUUCUACAGUGGCAGCAACCUUGAGAUUUUGGCCUUCAUUCAGAAUGCGUUUAUUCACAAAGUGCCAGUCAAGAAACGAAUACCCAAGCUCAUAUCUCAUUUCAAUGAUCACCUCCAACUCUCUCUUUCGGAGAAGCAGAUUGAAGAGAAGCUCAAGGUAUUUCGGGCUCAUGGGUUUCCCUCAAGCAGUCGGCAGUCAGACUGGUUUGAAAUCUGCAAGAAAGGCAUCAGUGCACUGCCGAAUUUGCCGGAAGAUAAAAAAUACCGCGUGCUCUCAAGAGCUCGAGAAUUGGAGGCAGUCCAAGCUCGCGAGCAUGAUUUGAGGGAUUCAAGACGCACAUUGCAGCCCUCUAGCGCUUCUCGUGCCGACGCGGAAGAUCGACGCCAUCGGAGAGGAAGGAAGCGGCGAGAUCCAUGGACGAUAACGCGCAAGAAGAAGCGGAGAAUAUCCGGACCUAUUCGACAUUUGGAAUUGACGACACCUGUGGAUACGUUGACCAGAAGAGAGGAACUCAGAGACAGCCACGAUCCGGCAUCCUCGAUCGAGGAGUCGUUCAACAGGCCUCUGCUGAUUAGACCCGCCCAGUCUGCAGUUCACGAGACGGAGGAACCGCGCCAUGCUCGUCCCAAUUACGACACCAAAGCCGAGCCUGUGCCAAGGCCUGCCCAAGAUGCAUCACAGUCCCAAUUUCUCACUUCACCUGACCCAGAAUCCGUGAUUGCAAUGCUGAGACUCGACCUGGAGGCACAGCGUAUUGAGAAAGUUGACGAAACACAAAAAUGGAGAGACCUUUAUUUGAAAGAGCAUCGUCGUCGAAGAAAACUGAGGCGAGAAAAACAGUUGCUGCAGACAGAACUAAUUAAACAUGGUGGUCAGCCUGUCGCGAGCCAGGUUGAAGCAGAUCUCCGAGAUCAGAUCGAGUUUCUCAAGGCAUCCGUCGCUAGCUACGCGUGUGUCACUCGCUUCAAAGCAACUUUCCCUGGGGAGUUUCAGGCAAAGAACGCUGGCAAAAUUGUGGACGAUUUUAACAAGAUGAACGAGAUACUAAGCAGGGUGUCGGCCCGAUACAACGCAGCUUUGGGAAUCGAUGUGACGAAAGUUGCUGGUCCGUCGGAGCUCCUGAGGCUUUUGGAAAGGGCUUUUGGCAGACCGGGUGAAUCUGCCAUCGAUUCUGCGAUUGCCGAACUACUUCGUUAUCGGGGAUUAACGGAGGUGCUGCUCUCUCUGGUGGGAGCAGCUAUUUGCUCCUGGGUUCUUGAGCCCAAUGCGGAAGGCUUGUUCCAAGAGAACCAGCUCAUCUAUCCGAAGCUUCGAGCACUCUUAGCGGUUCAAGAUAGUAGAAUGGCCGACAGCCUCGAAUUUGCUGCCCACAUGGAAUUUGUCGAUGACCGCCCCAUUUGUGGGCUGGUGGUCUCUCAAAGAGCCCGCGUCCUGUCCAGGCGGCUGAUAGCCUGUGUCCGCCCACUUGUGGAGGCACACCACGGUUUUGCGCAACAGUAUGAAGCCACUGUCCCGGAAUGGUGUGAGCAAGAGGACGGCUUGACAAGCAUUUUCAAAUUAGCAUUGGAUGCCAAAGUUCGACUUUUGCUGACGCCUGACCUGUACAGAUGCGUCUUUCCUGUACCGGGGACGGAAGUGAAAGAUAAAAUCAUGCGGAUUGGACUUGGCCAUGGUUCAUUGAAUUCCAGCCCUGGACAAAAACCGGUGACAGGGAUUACGAUCUUGCCGGCAUUGUUGAAAUACAUGGCAGCACAUGAAGGCUUUACAUACGACCGCUUCUUGCCGAAUGCUCGGUUGACCAGGGAGAUAAAGCCGGAAGUUUGGAUACGAGCUAGGGUCCUUAUCUAAAAUUGUAGACUUAAUUAGUAUAUGAC